GAGAGAGAGAGAGAGAGAGAGAGGAUGCUUCUGGCUUUGGCCACACCAUCAUCACACUGAACAACUACUAAAUGUCUGUAAUGCAGGAUACUCACGGAUUCUAACAAACAAAGGCACCAUGGUUGCAGGACUGAAGUCACUGAUUUUGGUCUUAAUGCUGCUCAACUGUUGGAAGUCUACCACAGGCAAAGACGGAAAAUCAACAAAGAAGGGGAAGAAAGGAAAACAAGUUGUCUGUCCAUCACAAUUGUCCCCUGAAGAUUUGGCCCAGGUUCCAGCUAACUCUACCUCCAACAUUUUGAAUCGUUUGAUGGUCAGUUAUGACCCAAGAAUAAGGCCCAACUUUCAAGGUAUCCCGGUUGAAUCCAGAGUGAACAUCUUCAUUAACAGCUUUGGUUCCAUUCAAGAGACAACCAUGGACUACCGAGUGAACAUAUUUCUUCGUCAGAGAUGGAAUGACCCCCGUCUCCAGCUUCCUACCGACUUUAAAAGUGAAGCACUAACUGUUGACCCUAAGAUGUUCCAGUGUUUGUGGAAGCCAGAUCUUUUCUUUGCCAAUGAGAAAAAUGCAAAUUUUCAUGAUGUCACGCAGGACAACAUUCUUCUCUUCAUAUUCAGGAAUGGGGAUGUCUUGAUCAGCAUGAGGCUAUCAGUGACGCUGUCUUGUCCCCUGGACCUUCAACUCUUCCCAAUGGACACACAGCUGUGUAAGAUGCAGCUGGAGAGCUUUGGCUACACCACCAGUGAUCUUGUGUUCAUGUGGCAGUCAGAUCCAGUCCAAAUGGAUGAGAUUGCCCUCCCACAGUUUGACAUUAAACAAGAAGACAUCAGAUAUGGAAACUGCACAAAAUACUAUCAAGGAACAGGAUACUACACCUGUGUUGAAGUGAUUUUUAAACUGCGUCGCCAGGUUGGUUUCUACAUGAUGGGAGUUUAUGCUCCGACUCUAUUGAUUGUGGUUUUAUCCUGGUUAUCAUUCUGGAUCAACCCUGAUGCCUCAGCUGCAAGGGUACCAUUAGGUAUUUUAUCAGUACUGUCUCUGUCCAGUGAGAGUAUGUCAUUGGCUUCAGAACUACCAAAGGUCUCAUAUGUAAAGGCAAUUGAUAUCUGGCUCAUUGCCUGUCUUCUCUUUGGGUUUUCAUCCCUGGUGGAAUAUGCAGUAGUACAGGUGAUGCUGAAUAGUCCCAAACGGAUUGAGGAAGAAAAAGCCAAAAUGGCCACAAAGGAAAAAGCUUUGCAAGAAAAAGAAGGAAAGAAGCCUCCACAAAAAUCUAACAACACAGUCAAUGGGACAGGUGGAACACCUGUGCACAUCAACACUUUACAGGUGGUGGAAAAUCGCUGUAAGAAGGUUUGCACCUCAAAGUCAGAUCUUCGUUCCAAUGACUUCAGCAUUGUGGGAUCUUUGCCUCGAGACUUUGAACUUUCCAACUUUGACUGUUAUGGUAAACCAGUUGAAGUUACAGGAGCCCUCAAGUCCCAGAACAAAACCAACAAAAAAAAACCACCACCCAAACCCGUCAUACCUGCAGCUGCAAAACGUGUCGAUCUAUAUGCAAGAGCACUCUUCCCCUUCACCUUCCUAUUCUUCAAUGUUGUUUACUGGUCAAUCUAUCUGUGAGAGAGGAAAGGAAAAGUAGGAUGACGAUUAAGUGAUUUGUAGAGACCACCUACAGCCAUAUUGAAGCUAUUUUUAACUGAAAUAUGACAGUAAAUGCAUAUACUGAACUGUGUUAGUUUUUGAAAUAUUUUAGAGAUAUGUGUGGGAAGCUGCAUAGAAUGCUUGGGUCCCUGGGAGUAACAGUAAUUUUAAUGCAAAUAGAAAAACCUUGUCGCUGUUUGCUUAUCUCCCCUUAAAGUCUAUGCAUUUUUAUCUAUGCAUGUGUUUGUCUGCUAGAGGACAUUGCAUGUCAUGUUACUGUUGUAGAUGCACCUAUACUUCCUAACUAUUAGUUAUUUGAGUUAUCAAACUCUAAAAUGGGCAAUAGAGGGAAUGUUCAUGACGUCACAGAUGCGACUUCACAGCGGGUUACGCCCACUGAGUGUCAGAAAGACUGAGUGACAGAAAGACUGAGUGUCAGAAAGACUGAGUGACAGAAAGACUGAGUGUCAGAAAGACUGAGUGUCAGAAAGACUGAGUGUCAGAAAGACUGAGUGGCAGAAAGACUGAGUGUCAGAAAGACUGAGUGGCAGAAAGACUGAGUGUCAGAAAGACUGAGUGGCAGCGUAAACUUUCAGUUUGAGCAACUGGAAAACAUCUAAAAUGGGAAAGAGCUGUUGUGCGAUCGACUGGACUCAUAGAUUUAGCAAGAAAUCAGAGUUAUCGUUUUACAGACUGACGAAAAGUAAGCUUAAGAGAGACAAAUGGAUCGCUGCAAUUCACAGAAACAACUGGAUUCCAGACACCGAAACGUGGAUUUGCGGUUCCCAUUUAGUAUCAGGUAAUGUUGGAUUUUUGGGUAGCUAACGUUAAACGGUCAAAUCAUAUAGGAGGGAAAUUCGUUGUCCUCAUCACUUUAAUUUCACCAACAAAUCCUGCCUUGAAGUCAGACCAAGCCUCAAGACUUUUGUAAGCCUUCAAGCUUUGCUUCAUGUAUUUCCUCAGCGUAGAAAUUAAGUACAUUUAAAUAUCAGGAAACUCGUGGCCAAAUAUUAAUGUCCAUGGACCACUGGUUCUUGGGGUAACUGUAUGGGUCUCUGUCAAAUCCAACUGACUUUAAUUUAAGCUGGUAAUCAGCUGUUAUCCCGUCUUCUCCACUAGUUGCAGACAUUUUUGCUGAUGUUUUGCCACUCAGUGUGAGUAAGGGGGCUGGUCCAGUGGGGAAGUGACGUCAAUGCAGACCCUCUAUACUAUACUAUAUUUAAAAAAAACUAGACAUAAUAUUUAAGAAAAAUAAAUGAAAAGCAAAAAUACAUUUGUCUCUAACUUUUUUUAUGGUACUAUAUUGUUAUUGCUAUAAUAGUCGUAUGUCAUGAUGUGAUUUAUUGUAUAUCAUCUUGAGAAUUCUAUGAAAAGUGCUGAAUUUUGAGAGAUUUUUCACAUCAGUUUGGAUGCUGUGCUGCUUGAAGGAUUUUCACCAUUACUUUUGGCACGUUUGAACAUGUGUUAUGCUAACCAGCCAUAACAGUGGAUACAUUGUUUCUAAGUACAAGCAGCUGAACAAGAUUUCAAAAGCUCAAAAACUACCAACAAAGAUGUGGAUGUAGAACAGGAUGUCUUGAUUAUUAUAAGGAACAUGAUGUCACUCGCAUCAUGCAAAAAGGUAAAAGAAGUGAUGAUGGCCAGUCCAGGCUUGGUCUGUUUGCAGUGCAGUAGUGAAUUGCUGGCUGUUCUGCAGAGAUGUUGUUGUUGGUGAUUAUGACCUCCUGACCGUUCUACAGCAUUGUCCCUACAUCUCCCAAAGAGGUAUACGGAAAAUGACCUCUAUGCCAAAGCAGAACAUCUACAUUGGUGAAACAUCAAGAAAUUACAUAACAGUCAAGAAAUUACAGGAAACAUCACUGCCCUGUCAACAUGGAAACAUGCUAGCAAAGAUGCAGAUGGUGCAACAACUGCCCUGUGUAUGGAUGCUUAAAGUGUGAUGUACCACUCCACAUUGAGUGCUUCAAGACUUUUCAUGGAGAGUGAAGCAUGCAAGGUGGGCUUUGCUCCUAUGUUGAAUAGAUCAAAUUUACUGAAACUGGUUAAAGCGACUACAAACAG